UGGUCUCCAGUCUGUGGUUGGUGGGGGUCGGCGAUGUGUCCGACAGAGGCGGGAGAGGGGGCUUGAAGGCGGGGCGCUACAAUGUGCGGUUCGGUCAGAAGUUGCUGAAGACGGACGCAUUAGACUUGCGGAUCGCCAGAGCUAAAUUGAAAUAGAGUGUCAGUCUACCUCCACAGAGACAGCGAUCAUGAGAGUCCUCCUACUGCUCUCCAUGCCAGUCCUCCUGCUAGCUCAGCCCCCCCUCUACCAAGAACCAUUUCCUUUCCUGGAGGACUAUGGCCCUGAUUAUUUCCCAGAUAAUCCUGACACGGAUGUCCAGCAGCAGAUUCUGUCACAGGUUCCCCAAACGUUCCCUCUUCCCGAACGUCCUGGUCUGUCUGAGCAAGAGACAGAGCCCACAGAACCUGGCCCCCUAGAUUGUCGAGAGGAGCAGUACCCCUGCACCAGACUCUACUCUGUUCACAAACCAUGCAAACAGUGUCUGAAUAGCCUCUGCUUCUACAGCUUGCGAAGGGUGUAUGUGGUCAACAAGGAGGUGUGUGUCAGGACCGUGUGUGCGCAUGAAGAGCUGCUAAGAGCUGACAUGUGCCGUGACCAGUUCUCUCGUUGUGGUGUAGCGGCGGUGAGUGGCCAGUGUGGGUCACUGGGGAGCAGCUGUGGGAAGAGCUGUGGAGGCUGUUGAGAACAUGGGACACAUCAGAGAACACCAGCCCAAAUACUGCCACAUCUCUAGGGUCCACAUCCCACCUCCUUCCCAUCCCAUUUUCUGUUUAAUCUUUGACUGUAUUCCACUUUGGUACCAAAGAACUCCCAUGUUUCUUCUCUUUUCAUCUCUCCUCCCUUUCAGAAUUCCAUACAUAAUGAGAAGUGGGAUCAGUAGAACGUGUGUAUGGAUAAAUAUAUAUUCUUUUAUACUCAACAGAACAUUGAAGACUGUAUAAUGUCACAGGUGCUAUAAAAUCACUACCACACUGGUGCUAUAAAAUCACUACCACACUGGUGCUAUAAAAUCACUACCACACUGGUGCUAUAAAAUCACUACCACACUGGUGCUAUAAAAUCACUACCACACUGGUGCUAUAAAAUCACUACCACACUGGUGCUAAGGAAUGGAAAUCAGCAAUCAGGGGCACAUAAAAAAGCAAAGUUUUUAUCUUGUUUUUUAUGCCUAAUUUUAUCCUAUAUUCUAAAUCAUUGUGUGAUGUUUGUUGUUGUUUACUAUACCUGUGUUGAAAAGCAGUCAUAGUAAUGAGGGGACAGCCAGAGUGACAGCUACUGCUUACUGACCUCAACAACAGAGGCAUUAGCAAAACUCAAUCAUCCGUAACCAUCCCACUGCCUUGGCACUGACUGGGUGGCAAGCAGCGAAAAUCAGACUCGAAGAGACGGGUGCUGACCCCUGACCUCUCGAGUGUUAUUGUGUAACAUGGUCAACGUGACUAGAGCUACAGUGGCUGGUGACCUUGCAGUGAGUGCAUAGGUUCACAUAUCAGUGGCAAGAAGUGCUUUGAAAUGCGGCUCACAAAUUGUUACUGUACUACUGCUUUGUAAAACCCUUUCACUAUACUGGAGAAAAAAAUACAUGUUUUUUACUACAACUUUA